AUGAAUAUCAAUAAGGAAAUGCUUUUAAGGCCACUUACAAAAUAUUUCUUGAAUUUUCAAAGUAGGAAUAUUUCAGGGAAAGCAAUAGUAUUUUCAAAUUAUGGAAAUCCAUCAGAAGUUUUGCAAUUACAUAACUAUAAUAUUGAAACAAACCCUUUAAAGCCAAUCCUUGUAAAAUUUUUGGCGUCUCCAAUCAAUCCUUCAGAUAUUAACCAAAUAGAAGGAGUUUAUCCAGAAAAACCAAGUUUUACAAAAGAUCUUGGGACAGAUUUUCCCUGUUCAGUUGCAGGAAAUGAAGGUGUCGUAGAAAUUAUUGAAAAUAUGGAUAAAAAGUCGGAAUUUAAGCCUGGAAAACGAGCUAUUAUGAAAAACCCAGGAUUUGGGACAUGGCGAACACAUGCAAUUGCAGAUCCAAAUGAUUUAUUAUUUUUGGAUAUUGAUGACGUUACUGCUAUACAGGCGGCUACAUUAUCUGUUAAUCCAUGUACAGCGUAUUGUUUGCUGAAAAAUUUCUAUAAGCUUAAACCAGGGGAUUAUUUUAUUCAAAAUGGAGCAAAUAGUCAUGUUGGUCAAGCAGCUAUUCAAUUUGGUCGUAUUUGGGGAUUAAAUAGUAUUAAUAUUAUAAGAAAUAGAUCUAAUAUUGAUAAAUUAAAAUCAUUUUUAUAUGAUCUUGGUGCUACACAUGUUAUAACAGAUAUAGAAUUAGCAAAUAAAGAAUUUAUGGAGGAAUUGGUUAAAAAAUGUUGUGGAGAAUCUGGAAUACCUUUAGGAUUGAAUUGUGUUGGAGGAAAAUCAAUUUUGGAUUUAGCACGAUAUAUAAAGCCAAAUGGGCAUAUAGUUACAUAUGGAGCAAUGUCACGACAACCGCUUCUUAUGUCUUCUGGUAUAUUAAUUUUUAAAAAUGUUCAUUUACAUGGAUUUUGGAUAACAAAAUAUAAUAGAACUUAUCCAGAGAAAAGAUUAAAAAUUCUAAACAACAUCCUUACAUAUAUAAAAAAUAAGUCUUUUAAAGAUUUAUUAUGUGAUAAAGUAUAUCUUGAUAAAUCAUUGCAAGAUUUAAUAUACAUGAAAACAUUUAAAAAUGCAUUAGAAAAUAAAGAAAGAAAACAAGUUUUGGUUUUUAAUUAA